CAGCAGGCGACGUCAGCAUGAAGCACUGAACCUGCAUACGUACGAGCACCUCUUUAGAGAAUUCAUGUGACUGUUUUCCCAUAUUUUCUUGAAACUCUCUUUAUUAAGUUGAUAAGGUAACUUUUAAUCAUCAUGGAAUUGACGGAGGUGGUGUCAACACAUGUAGCAUUGCCCGUAAUUGGCGUUUUGUUAUGUGCUCUUCUGGUUUUUGCGUUUGGCUUCAGAUCCCCAGUUCAACCUCCCAGUUUUGAUUUUUCAGAAGAUAAAAAAAAUCAAAAAAAGACUAAAAAGUCCAAGACUAAAGGUCAGACUAAUGGACAUGCAGUGACUGUGAAAGAAGAGACUGCAGCUGUGAAAAGUGUUUCCCCAAAGUCAGCAAAACAAGCAGCUAAACCUAAAUCACCAGCAAGUGAAAAAAAGACUAAGAAAGCUGACAGGGCUCCAGCAAGAACUGUGACAGAAAGGUCUAGACCACAGCAAACAGAAGUAAAUGAUAAUGAUGAGGGAUGGAGUGUAGCUGUUUCUAAGAAGAAAGAGAAAGUAAGAAGCAAGAGAGAGGAGAAAAGUGACUAUGUUGAAAGUAAGCUUACUUUAGAAGAUAUUGGAUUUGAGAAACCAGUUACAGCAGAAGAAACACCACAAGAAGCACCACAGGAUCAGAGGCCUUCUAAAAAAAAGAGACAAUCCAAGAAAUCAGAGGGUGAAGUAACCAGUGAACCAGAACCAGUUGUUGAAAGCACACCACCACCAGCAGAACCAGUUGAACCAGAACCUGUUAAACAUGAACCAGAACCAGUUAAACAAGAACCAAAACCAAUAACUGUUGUAGAAGAGACAAAACCUGUAGAGCAGAAACAAGCAGCUCCUGCUAAGAGAUCUAAAGCUAAAUCAGAAAGUAACAGUGAGAAAACUGAAACAAAAGAUGCUGCUAAAGAAAAUACACCAGCUAGCCCUAAUAAGAAGAAAAGUAAAGGUAAAAAACUAAGUGCUGAAGCUGAAGAAUUCCAGCCUAUAAUGUAUGAUAGUAAACCAGAAGCCCAGACUACUAGUCCUAAAAAGCCUAGGUCUAAGAAAAAUACACACGAGCCAAUUGCAGAAGAUACACUGCCUGCUUUUGAAGAGAAAUUUACUGAGAUAAAACCAAUAGGUAAAAAGGAAAAAGAAGAUAAAACACCCAGUCCUCCUAAAGAAGCAACUGAAGUAUUACCUAAAGCUGAAACUACUCCAGUUGAAAAUAAAAAAGUUAGUGCUACUCCAGUUGAAAAUAAAAAAGUUAGUGGAUCGAAUGAACCAGUAGUAUUUGAUGAAUUAGCCAACACACCUGCCUCUUGGCAAGAUGCUCCAAAAACCAAGAAGAAAAAAGCAAGACGAGAAAAUUAGGUGGAUGUAUAUUAAAAUUAAAAUCCAAUGGCUUUAAAAAGUUAAUCCCUUGAAUUACAGCCAAGGACACAUUGUCCAGUUUUGGAUAUUCAAAAACAGUUGUCUAGAAAUUUCCUUUUAAGGAAAUACAAGAUUUGAUUCAAUGGUAGAAAUUUGAAAUUAUGUCAAGUCAGUUGCCAAUCAUUCUACCUAGAUAUUUCUUGUGGGUUUCAACCGACAGCUAGUCACCUGAUACAAAAUGAUUGAAGUUUUUCCUAUUGUAUAAUGUUAAAAACACUGUUGAUUGACUAGGCAAAGUAAUAAAAAUCAUAUAAUGAUUUAUUUGAAUAUUAUUUUUUUUGAAUUUGCAUACUGGUUGUGUCUGAUUUAUAUUGCAUCAUUUUCUUUCAUCAAUCAUUCAUGUUAAGCUCAUCCAGUUGGUUUCGUUGAACGAAAGUGUGAAGUACCUCGUAUUAUAAGAUAUUUUCUUGAUAUAACAUACUUCGUUUACUAUAACUUAACAUUAUUGGAUUGUUUUUCUUAAAAUGUUUUUUAGAAAACAAAUACCAAGCCAUGUCCAUUUAUUAAGUUUUCCUUGAGAACCUAUUUUUCUACCUGAUAAUGAUUUCAAUUAAGACAACAGAUCUAUUUAUUUCCUAGGUUUAAAAUGAUUCUAAGGCUUUUGCUUUUGUUUUAGCAUUUUAGGAUAAUGAGUUUCUAUGUUUAAAAAAAUUGCAGAUGAGAAAUUAAAAUUAUUUGUAAAAACACAUGUGCCGCUGUAAUAAUUUAUCUCUCCGUCCUUGCAAGUCAUCUGUUAAUAGACGUAUGUAUUUGCAAAUAUACCCUAUAUGUAUCUUAUAGAUUUAUGAUAAUUAUGAAAUCAGUAUAAGUACCUUACUAUUGUUAAAGUUAAUCUACUCUACAUAUAUACCAGUUGUCAGUAGUCUUCAGCUUGUCUCGUGAUCAUUCUAUAUCUGAUGGUCUGAUGUUCAUUAUUGUUACAAAAUUGAAUUAGACAUGCUGCACAGGACGCAAAGGAAAUGUCAAGGUCACUCAUGGCAUGGAAUAGUUCUGAAUCCAAAAAAUUAUGGUGGGGAAAAAUCUUGACAAUAUGUAUUAGUGGAGUAACAAUUGUCUUUAGAUUAAAUAAUGGUAGACCAAAAGACAAAAUGUGAAUCUAUUUUCAUUUAAACAACUGUCUCAAAUUUAAACCAUUUUACAGCCUUUCUUUGUUAUUUUGUAUCAGUCACUCACAUCAUAUUCCUUAGUUCAUUUUAACGUGUCUCAGAUAUUAUAACCAAAUAAAAGAUAUUAUAAACUGUUAAAUUAUAUUCUAUCUGUAGACACAUUCCAUGAUUGAAAGAAUUUGGUUGCUCAAAACUGAAUCGAUUAUACAGCAUUAGAACAUCUUUGAAAUGGCUAUUUUGUAGUGUGAUAACAUAUGAAGAACUGCAAUUUUACAUUGACAGAUUUGAAAUCAAUUAGAUUUAAAACAAUUAUCACUGUUGGUAAUGAUGUAAUAUCCUACAUUGUAUCUAAGUUUGCACAUUUGUAUAAAGAUACGUCAAAUCAUGCAUCCCAUCCUUGUUAGGUGAAAGAAUGGGAUUUAUCAUAUUAACGUCAUAAUAAAUAUUUUAUUUUUGAUGUGGUGUUUGUAAAGAGUUGUUAAAGACAAAAUACUUGUAUACAUUUAGGAAGGGAAUUGAAUAUAUAUAUGUUUUAUACAAUGUAGAUAACAUGAAAUUAUGUACAAUAUUUUUAUGUAAAAUAGAAAUUUUAGUGUGUUAUGUAUCAUACUUGUAUCAAUGACAGAAUUACUGUCCUUUUGUUGAUUGCUUGUUUGAACCAUGGGUUGGUUUAUUGGUAUACUGUAUGAAGGUAAAGUUAUUAGAGAUAUGUUACAUUGUCUGUGAUCUUAUCCUUUUGUGCAAGCGGACGUUAAGCUAUACAAACAAUCGAAAAAUAUGUUCCUUACAUAUGUUUCCUUACUUAAAUUUCAACUGUUUUUCUGAACUAGAUAAAUAAAAAUGUAGAUUUUAUGCAGCCAUUAUUCCUGAACUGUCUCAUUUUCUUUGUAAUCUAAAUAUAAAGUAGUCACAUACUGGUAAUUAGUCCCAAAGGAAUAUAUUUUUAAGGCAAUGAAUGCAGCUAUUGUUAGUAAAGACAUGAUAUUCAAGAAUAACGAAUGAUUCCGUGAAAUGAAAUUGAAUCAGUUGAAAACAAAUAAUAAAGCACUCGUUUUCCCAAACUACUUAAAUAUGCAAGGUAAAUCUUCCUUACAUAAAAUAAAUGAUGUAGAGAGAUAUUUUCCAAUGGUGUUAUACAAAGUUUUAUUUUCUUGUCCAAGGAUCAUAAUUUCUCAAUCUAUAUUUUUUAUCAAUAUCAUCCUUAUUGUACAUAAAUGUUUUUGUCGGAUUUCACAAUAUCAUCCAUCUUCCAAAUUUAGUGUCUCCUUGUAAAGUUUCAAUUUGAUACAACAUAAUUAUAUAAGAUGGUUAAUAACCAGCAGAAAUUUUAUUCUUCACUUCAAGACAAAUCUUACUCCCAACAUUGGUAUUUUAUAAAGGUACUUGUAAUUAUAUAUUUUAUUUAUGCUAGAACUCUAUAUACCUCAAUUUACUCAAACUACAAUCUCUGCAAUUUCAAUGUAGCAAUUGUUAUUAAUAAUAUAUAUUAUAAAGAGAAAUAUUAGUGAAUUUGUUUUGCAAAGAAUCCAGUUAUUGAUCGCUUUAAUAUGCAUCGUCUUAGUUUACUUUAUUGUUGUCUUCCACACAGUAACUGUUCAAAUAAAAAAUUAGCAAGACCUCCAUAUUAUGUCGGUAUUACUUUUGUUCUUGACUAUGAAAAAAGGUUUGUCCAUCACACUCUUUGAGACAGAAUGUUCAAACAUUUUCAGCUAGGCUAAACAGAUUUUAUGAUCAAUACUUUUAGACACAAUAACUCUGCUGCCCAUUACACCUUUUGCAGCACAGUAACUCUUUUAAUUGAGGUAGAAUGUUCAAACAUUUUAUGUAAUCAAUUUGAUUAUAAUCAAUUUGAUUAGUCAAGACUAUAAACACAAUAACUCUGUUCCUAAUUAAAGGGCAGUGAUGUGUGUAUAGUUUUGUUACAUCAGUACUGUAAUCAAGGUUGAUAAUCAGCAUUUUCUGCAGAAUGAUGAACAGUUUUAUUGCUAGAUGCUUUAUAAAAAGAUAAAUAUGCAAGUGUCCUCUAUUUUUUGGGGGGUUAAAACAUUAAGAUAUGGUAUAGACAACUUAAUUAAAUGGGAAUGAAAUGAUUAGUGCUAAUUAAAAUGUAUAAUAAAUUAUUGUAUAUUGGUAAAGUUAAAUUUAUGCAUGUUACUUGGCUUAAGUUAUUCAGCACAAAACCAUUUUAUCAAUUGUGCGUGAAACCAAUAUAGUUUAUCGAUUGUUUCAGUUUGUCUAUUCAUUAAGUAAAUAAUUUCAAUAUUAUUCUUUAUUCCUGAUCAGGGAUAUUAACCUGAGCAGCUGAUAUCCAUGUGGUUAUCCUAUUCUUUGUUCUCCAUAGUCGUCUUAAUUUCUAAACUGAUGCAUGUACAUUUUGCAAAUUAUGUAACUGUUGUGCUUAUUUUGUUUUAUAUGUGAAACGGUAAAGCUUUUUGUAGACAGUGUGGUGUUUAGAGAUAAUGCAAUUUGUUGUUUGAUUAUGUUCUCUGUUAAAUUAUAAUGUUUAUUGUAUUAUAGACAAGACAUUAAUUUUUUUUUUUCUUCUGCCUUUUCAGAUGUUAUUAAAUUUGAAAUUAAUGAUUAAUUGUUUAACACAUAGUGUACAAUGAAAUGAAUCAUCUGGAAAGGCUUCUUGUAUUAUAUGUUAUCUUAUGAAAAUACUGAUAGCUUUAAUAAGGUGUUGGGGGAUUAGGAUUAAUAGGUAAAGGGAUACCAGUUUAAAUACAGCAGGAUGUAUUCUGUUACUAAAGCUGUAUUUAUUACUACUUACAAUUAGCACCAAUAAGAUGUCAUUCACCCUAUUGGUGUAUUGAUUGUUUAAUGAUCUUCAUACAGAUAUGGUUCUGUAGAACAUUCAAUAAAAUAAAGCAUUAUAUAUAUUAUAUAUAUAUAUCAAUCCAUGAA